AUGAAAUUCUCUCACUCACUUCAGUUCAAUUCUGUCCCGGACUGGGCUGACCGUUAUAUUGCAUAUUCAAAUCUCAAAAAGCUCGUUUAUCAGAUCGAAAGAGAUAUAAUAGUAGCACCUACCUCCCAAACAAGUGAUAUUGAGGCAGUUGAAGAAUCUCCGCUACUAGACUUAAAAGAUCGUGCAAAUGCAAUAUUCAUACCGGCCCUUGACAAAGAGCUUACAAAAAUUAACGCAUUUUAUCUCUCUAAAGAGGAUGAACUCUUUAAAGAACUUACAUCUCUUAUUCAGGAUUUCGCUGUAUUUGAAAAUCUUCAGGAUCUUCAGGAUUCUGUGAGUGUCCGUAGCAAUUCGUUUUCCCUAAGUCGGUCUGCUCAAUCAUUUGAAAAUAAACUUAAUAAUAAAGCCAGCAGUUCUCGUCUUCAAAGACUGUCAACGUCAGAAUCUUAUCUUUCAAAUGCUAGCAGUGAUGACGAGGAUUAUAAUACACCAACUACUCCGAUUGCUAGAGGAAGACAAUCCUUUCUAUGGAGACCAUCAUCUAUGGAAGAACAAAAAAUACACUUAAAGAAACGUACAAUUGAUCUUUUUGUUUGGUUAUCUGAACUUAAAUCAUUUGUUCUCUUAAAUCGAACUGGAUUUUCGAAAAUUUUAAAAAAAUAUGACAAAAUAACCAAUGGUAAUCUUAAAACUUCAUAUAUAAAUAAUUCGGUAAAUGAUACGUAUCUGUUUAAAGCUUCAACACUUAAGAACUUAGAAGAUCAAAUUUUAAAGGUGCGAGAAAUUUAUGCUAAUAUAUGUACGAACGCAGAUAUGGAAGUUGCUAUGCGUGAGCUUAAAACACAUUUGAGAGAAUUUAUAGUUUGGGAAAGAAAUACUGUCUGGAGAGAUAUAAUUGGUCUAGAAAGAAAAUCACAAGCUGUAGGCAUAAAACCUUCCAUGAUAGUAGAUAAUUUAGUUGACGCUAAAGCGAAAAUCGAAACGCCUUUUGGCGGGAUAACCAUUUCAAAUACUUUUUGGAAAACUUCUUUGUUGUUAUCAGUUUGUAUCAUAGUAUUUGUAUUAUUACUUAAUGUAAAUUUAUUUGAGAAACCGGAACAAAAAAAUUGCUUUGCUUUAUUGAUAUUCGUUUGUCUUCUUUGGUCUACAGAGGUUAUUCCUCUUUUUGUUACGUCUCUUUUAAUUCCAUUGUUAGUCGUAUGUUUGCGCGUAUUGCCUUCAGUUAGCGCAAGCGAGUCAGCUCACAAAAUUUUUGAAGCAAUGUUUUCACCGGUUAUAAUGUUACUUUUGGGUGGCUUUGCAAUUGCUGGUGCAUUAAGUAAAUAUCAUGUUGCAAAAAUGAUGGCUACAUUUGUGUUGGCAAAGGCAGGAACACGACCAAGUAAUGUUCUUCUUGUCACUAUGUUUGUUGCAACGUUCUCAAGCAUGUGGAUAAGUAAUGUUGCUGCACCAGUUUUGUGCCUUUCAUUGAUCCAGCCAAUUCUUCGAAAUUUACCUCCAAAUAGUUCAUUUGGUCGAUGUUUAAUUCUAGGCAUUGCUCUGGCAUCCAAUGUUGGUGGUAUGGCAUCUCCCAUAUCAUCUCCACAAAAUAUAAUAGCAAUUGAAUAUAUGGAUCCUAGUCUCACAUGGAUUGGUUGGUUCAUUGUAGCCAUUCCUUUAUGUAUAAUUGUAAACAUUUUAGUUUGGCUUUUACUACUUUUUAAUUAUAAACCAUCUGAUGAUUCAUUAAGUAUUCAUCCAAUAAGAUUAACAAAAGAUCCUUGGUCUGAAACUCAAAUAUUUGUAAUAGCGAUCACUGUUAUAACUAUUGCAUUAUGGUGUGUCGAAAAACAACUUGAAAACUUUUUUGGAGAUAUGGGAAUUAUUGCUAUUAUACCGUUAGUUGCGUUUUUCGGUACUGGAAUUUUAACCAAAGAAGAUUUUAACAAUUUUUUGUGGACUGUAAUCGUACUUGCAAUGGGUGGUAUAGCCCUUGGUGCAGCCGUGCGUCAAUCAGGGUUGUUACAUACCAUUGCUGAGUCAGUCAAACAAAUGGUUAGUGGUUUGGAUAUAUGGCAAAUUUUUGUGAUAUUUGGCUCGUUGGUUGUGGUCGUAGCCACAUUUAUUAGUCAUACUGUUGGUGCGUUAAUCAUUUUACCUAUUGUUGCUCAAUUGAAUGAUCAACAUUCAAAUUUACUUGUUAUGGGAUCGGCAUUAAUUUGUUCCGUAGCAAUGGGAUUACCAGUAUCCGGUUUUCCAAACAUGAAUGCUAUAAUGAUGGAAGAUGAGAUGGGAGUACGGUAUCUCAGUACCUUUGAUUUUAUAAAAUCUGGUAUACCAGGAUCGUUGUUAGGUUUAGCGUCUAUAACUACAGUUGGUUAUGGAUUAAUGUUACUUAUUGGUUUUUAA